CCUCCCUCCUCUGUACGGAUCCGAAGUGUCCGAAGCGAUGGAAGGCAAAUGUGAACGAGCCACUACCACUGCCAUGAUCACGAGAGAAGCAACGGCCAACAAUGCAGUGGCGGAGGCGGUCUGCGCCCUGGAGCGCCUCCGAGAAUCCCUGGGGCCGUCUGCCGCUGACAACGAGGACCUGUCGGUGCUGCUGGGGGUGUUGGGGGCAGACCCCGUGUUGGCCAGGGUGCUCACGGUGCGCGAGUCCCUGGGCCAGCUCAAGCGACACCUGCAGCGACACCCGUCCCUCCUGCCGGAUGACUUCGACCUGUGCCCGCUCACGGGGGCCCUGCGGCUGGGCUCGGGCGUGCUGCCGCCAGGGGAGGACGAGCUGGACCACCAGGAGGACCAUCACGACAACAACAACAACUCGGACUCGUGCGAGCCGAGCUCGGACGCGGACUACGGCGGGGCCCUCGAGGCCGGGGGCGUCGUCCGCUACUCGCCCGAGUUGAGCGGCUCGUCGUUGCUGCACUGUGGCGGCCGAGCGGUGCCCACGGCGGGCUACCUGGAGGAGUUUGAGCGGGCGGUGUCCCGGGGAGCAGCGGGGCGCCAGGUGCUGCGAGUGGAGCUGGCGCGUCCCCCUGGGGCCAGCCUGGGCUUCAGCGUGGUGGGACUGCGCUCCCCGUCCCGCGGAGAGCUCGGCAUCUUCGUGCAGGAAGUGCAGCCCCACGGCAUCGCUCACAGGGAUGGGCGCCUGGAGGAAGGGGACCAGAUCCUGGCCAUUGAUGGCCAGCCCCUGGACAGCAACAUCUCGCACCAGCAGGCCAUAGGCAUCCUCCAGCAAGCCAGGGGCAGCGUGCAGCUGGUGCUGGCCAGGGGGGCCCCCUCGCCCUCCCCGCCCUCCUCCGCCCCACCUCCCGCUCCGCCUCCCGCCCCACCUCCGCCCCCGCCUCGGCAGGACGCCAUGGUGCUGGGCACGGAGUGGGCCGAGGUGGAGGCGGUCGAGCUGCUCAACGACGGCUCCGGCCUGGGCUUCGGCAUCGUCGGCGGCCGCAGCACGGGCGUCGUCGUCAAGACCGUGCUGCCCGGGGGCGUGGCUGACCGGGACGGGCGGUUGCAGAGUGGCGACCACAUCCUACAGAUCGGGGACGUGAACCUGCGGGGCUUGGGGUCGGACCAGGUGGCCUCAGUGCUGCGCCAGGCGGGGACAGGGGUACGCCUGGUGGUGGCCCGGCCCUCGGAGGCCGGGUCGGAAGGGGGCUGCCCCGUCCCGGCCCCGAGGCCGCCCCCGCUCCCGCCGCCGAUGGUGCUGCCCACCCGGCUGCUGGCCGACGCCGAGGAGCUCGAGCGCCGGCUGCUGCUGCACGAGGCCGCCCUCGCGGGAGCCCCGCCCUCGCCCCUGCUCUCGGACCGGGCACUGUCCCUGGAAGAGCUCCCGGAGACGGAGACCUUUGAGGUGGAGCUGGUGAAGGACCAGCAGGGCCUGGGCAUCACCAUCGCCGGUUAUGUGUGCGAAAAGGGGACCCAGGACGAGAUCUCUGGAAUCUUCGUCAAGAGCGUGGCCAAGGGCAGUGCUGCGGAUGCGAGCGGCCGGAUCCGGGUCAACGACCAGAUCAUAGAGGUGGAUGGGCGUGCCCUGCAGGGCUACACGAACCACCAGGCGGUGGAGGUGCUGCGCUCCACGGGGCGGUGCGUCAAGCUGCGGCUGGCGCGCUACCUUCGGGGCGUCAAGUACCACCAGCUACAGCACGCCAUUGCGCUCUCGGAGGCAGGGGGCGCUUCCCCGGGGGGGACUCUGACCCCGAGCCUCGAUGCGCCCUCCGUCGCCAGCCUUCUGGCCACGGAGCCGGUGCACGCCGCCGACCUGGACGCCGCCUCACCGCUCGCCGAGGACCAAGACGACGCCGGCUACGUUGGGGAGCUGGACCCAAAGACGGAAGCAGCCAUUGUGGCCCACUGGAGCAAGCGGAUGGGACCAGAGAUGGACAUUGUGGUGGCCCAGCUGAGCAAGUUUGAGCCGGGCGGGGGGCUGGGCAUCUCGCUGGAAGGCACGGUGGACGUGGAGGAUGGCCGGGAGGUGCGUCCCCACCACUACAUCCGCUCGGUGCUGCCGGACGGGCCCGUGGGCCUCAACGGGCGCCUGCGGCCAGGAGACGAGCUGCUACAGGUGAACGGGCGUCAGCUCCUGGGCCUGCAUCACCGGGAGGUGGUGGGGGCCUUGAAGCAGCUGCCGCUGCACGUGCGGCUGGUGUGCGCCCGCCCGCCCCCGCUGCCGCCGCCCCUGCCCGACGUGCCGCCGCCAAGACCUCCCAGCGUCGACGACAGCCUCUUCCUCCCCGCGCUCGGACAGAUCACUGGGCCCCAGAGCCCAACGGACACGGGUGGGCGUCUGUCUUCCGCGUCGUCCGCCUCCUCUCCACCGCCGCCGCCGUCCCUGGCGGGUGGCGCCACGUGGACCUCGCUGCCGGCGUUGGUCAAGGCCAAGUCGGACGGGUCCCUGGCCCAGCCCGACUGGGAGGAGGGCCCGCUGGUGAAGCUGCGCUCCCGGUCGCUGGAACCGCUCACGGGGCUGGCCAUGUGGAGCAGCGAGCCUCACGUGGUGGAGCUGGUCAAGGGAGAGAGGGGCCUGGGCUUCAGCAUCCUAGACUACCAGGACCCGAUGAACCCGAGCGAGACGGUGAUCGUAAUCCGCAGCCUGGUGCCCGGCGGGGUGGCGCAGCAGGACGGCCGGCUCAUCCCCGGCGACCGGCUGCUCUUCGUGAACGAGGUGCCCCUGCAGCACGCGGGGCUGGACGCGGCGGUGCAGGCCCUGAAGGGGGCCCCCCGGGGCCCCGUGCGCAUCGGGGUGGCCAAGCCCCUGCCCCUGCCGCCCGACAGCCCCGCCCUGGCUCAGCCGGGUCAGGGUGCAGACGAGUCUGUGUCUGCCGACGCCGACGACCUCGACGCCAUUCAGCCUCCCGAGGAGCUGUGGAAGGCCUCUUCGGGGACUGUGGUGCUCCACGCCAAUGGCAACCCCCUGGGCCUGAAGCUGCGGUGGGAGCACGGCAUCUGGACGGUGUCGGACGUGGAGCCCGGCUCCGUGUGUGCUCGGCACGGGGAGCUGCGCCGGGGAGACAUUGUGCUCUCCCUCAACGACCAGCCGCUCUCCGAGAGGAGCCAGGGGCAGGUGGCCGCCCUACUUGCCAAGGAGCUCGUGUUCAUCAACUACCUACGAGAAGUUGAAGAAGAGAAGUCUCCAACAGAACCCACUCCACCUGUGCCUGAAGCAGCCGUCGCUCCUAAGUCAUACGGAGAACAACCGGACCAGCCGACCGAAAGCGGCCGCAACGUUGCGACGACGACCGCGGCAGCGCCGCGGAGAACGUCGCUGCUCGUUCCGCCCACCAUUGCAGGCGUCUCGUCCUUGGGUCUUCCGCCCUCGCGGAGGCACUCCACGACGGGCGAAGAGAUGCCGGGUGCCGCCACCUUGCACCACGUGCAGUCCCCAACUUCUCAGGAGCCUCGGACACCGUCCCCGAGCCCCGGGGGGUCCCCGCUGCCGUUGUUGGGGGGCCGCAGCCCGUCCCCGCUGCUGUCUCCGUCCCAGCAGUGGGGCCCCGAGCGGGAGGUGUCCCUGGUGCGGGAGCCCCAGCAGCGCAGCCUGGGCAUCAGCAUCGUGGGGGGCCACGUGGACCUGUUUCGUCACUCGGACCGGGAAGGGGGGGUCGCGGGCAUCUUCGUCAAGAACGUGUUGCCGGACAGCCCCGCGGGGCGCCUGGGGGCCUUCGGCAGAGGAGACCGCAUCCUUGAGGUAGACGGCACCGACCUCCGAAAUGCCACGCACGAUCGAGCAGUUGAAGUGAUCCGAAAUGCGGGAACGCAUGUCAAGUUUCGCCUGCAGUCUCUGCUGCCCACACCCAGGGACAGCGUGGAAGAAACUAUCCCCGAACCCGCCCCACGUCUGCUGUCCCCACAGCCUUCGUUGGAUGCCACGACAGUCAGCCCCCAGCGCAGCCCGCUGGCGAUCACCAAGUCACUCUCCCGGGAGUCGAGGCUGAGCGUGAGCUCGCAGCUCAGCCGCAGCGCCAGCCAGUGCAGCCAGGAGGGCUUUGACCAGGCCCCAGAGCCCGUUAAGAAGGUCCUCACUUCGCAAGGCAUGGAGAUUGAUAUGGACAGCGCUGGCAGCAUCCAUAGGGAGGAGCUUGAAGACGAGGACGAGGAAGAGGACAUUUUUGGAUACACGACGAAAAAGGUAGAGCGCCAGUACCAGGAGCUGAAGGGUGCGGGCGGACAGCUGCUGCUGGUAGAGCUGCAGAAGGGGGCGGCGGGCAGCGGCCUGGGCCUCUCGCUGGCCGGAAACAAGAACCGCAGCCGCAUGAGUGUCUUCGUCUGCGGCAUUCACCCCCGGGGACAGGCCGCGAGAGACGGCCGCAUACGCAUCGCCGACGAGGUGCUCGAGGUGAAUGGGGUGGUGAUGUACGGGCGCUGCCACCUGAAUGCCUCGGCCAUUAUCAAGAGCCUUCCGGGCCCCAACUACAAGUUCGUCCUGCACAGGAGGGAAGAUGCGGUCGAAGACAUGGCGGUGAAGCCCCUCACGCAGUACCCCAUGCAACUGGACGAACAGACUCCGGAGGAGAGGUAUUCGAGCUACCGGGGCGUGCGGACUGUGACCGUCAAAAAGGGCUCUCACGGCCUGGGCAUCAUGAUCCUGGAGGGCCGGCAUGCGGAGGCCGGCCAAGGCAUCUUUGUGUCGGACAUCCAGGAGGGCAGCCCGGCCCACAAGGCCGGCCUCGGCGUGGGGGACAUGAUCCUGGCCGUGAACGGGGUCGACCUCGUCGGAGCAGACUACGACACGGCGGCUCAGCUGCUGAAGCAGUCAGAGGGGGUGCUGACAGUGGUGGUGGCCAGGCCGGUUGGCAACCUCGUGCCCCUGCUGAAGAAGAAGGCGGCCUCCAUCGAGACCCAGGAGCCCUCUCGGACGCUGGGCUCCAAUCGCAAGAGCACGGCCAUUUCCCUGCCCCACUGCCCGCCUAAAUGCGGCGGUUCUUCUCCGGACGGCCGACUGCCGUCCCCGCUGCUCUCGCCCGCGCGCCCCGACGCACCGACGCCGCGCACUCCAGACGCCAAGCAAGACGGCGGCGCCCUUGCAGCGGGCACCCCCACGUCCUCCCCGGCCUCGGACGUCAUCCGGCCCGGGCGGGAGACGGCCAUCGAGAUCGCCAAGGAGAAGCUCGGUCUCGGGCUCAGCAUCGUCGGAGGGUCGGACACACCCCUGGGUGCGGUGAUCAUCCACGAAGUUUACCCAGACGGCGCAGCUGCUCUGGAUGGUCGUCUCAGACCGGGUGACCAGAUCCUCGAGGUGAACGGGGAGGACCUGCGCGAGGCAAGCCACGAGGCGGCCAUCGGGGCCUUGCGGCAGACGUCCUCGGUUGUGCGCAUGCUGGUCUUCCGGGAGGAGGAGCCCCAGCAGGACGUGCUCACUGUGGAGCUGCACAAGAAGGCCGGCCGGGGCCUGGGGCUCAGCAUCGUCGGCCGCAGGAACGCCCCGGGGGUCUUCAUCUCCGAGGUUGUGCGAGGCGGCGUGGCCCAGCUGGACGGGCGCCUGUGCCAGGGGGAUCAGAUCCUGGAAGUGAACGGGCAGGUCGUGGCAACGGCCAGCCAGGAGCAUGCGGCCGCCCUGCUCAAGACCACCCUGGGCAAGAUCUGCCUCCGGGUGGGCCGGCUGCGCAGGACCCCCUCCCAGCGGGUCUCCAAAUCGGACUCCACUGCUAACGGGACGACACUGGUCUCUCUGGAGCGCGGCUCGGAGGGCCUGGGCUUCAGCAUCGUGGGCGGGGCAGGCUCGCAGCACGGCGACCUCCCCAUCUACGUCAAGACGGUGUUCGAGUCCGGGGCGGCAGCCCGCGACGGCCGCCUGCGUCGCGGACACGCCAUUCUUUCAGUCAACGGACGCUCCCUGCAGGGACUCACGCACCAGGAGGCGGUAGAACUGCUCCGCGACGCCCGCGGCACCGUGACGCUGGAAGUGCUGGACACUUCCGUCGCGUCCGAGGCCACCACACCGUCGGCGAGUCCGACGCAGAGUCCGACGCCCGCCGCGCCCUCGGAUCUCUUCUCUGGUGCGACGGAAGACACUUCGUGAUUGUGCGAGACUCUGUGCCACUGCCCGCUUGACGCAGUGGCGCCCCGCAAUUGGACGACGCUCGGCGGGACGGGCUUCCGGCUGCGUCAGGCGUGCCUUUCAACCGCGACGUCUCUUUCCUUGCGCGACACGAACUGCGUCGUGGUUUUCUCUUAACGUGGCAGCUUUGCUCGGCAACUGGACGUUUCUUCGGAGCGGCACGCACGACGCGCGUGCGGCAAAGCCUCAACGAACAGUUGUCUUUUGGGGCUUUGCGAGUCGUUCGUUUGUUGGUCGAGAAAGACUGCCCGUUUACCGUUGUUGCAUAUCGCACCGUAAACGGAAGUGCAGAACGGGGAGAGCGUGCGGGCGUUCCGAGCCCUGAACAAAAUCGUUUAUGGGGGGGAGGGGGCAGUGCUACUUUCUGGUUGCUUUAGGAACAAAAGUUUGGCUAAGGUGCUCUCAGAAGUCAUGCCAGAAUUGUUGUCGCCGAGCUCUCGACACCGACAAGCGCUCGCUCGGACCGUGCGGCGUCUAGGAGGGUCGCGGGACCAUGGGCAGUGCGGCAAAGUGCCCUUGCCGGGGAAAACUUCGUCGGUCGGGUCCACCCAUUCCGUCAUCUCCACCUUCGAAAACUCUAUUGAAUACUCUGAGCUUCUCAUCAGACAAAUGCUAGCUAGAAAAGGAAAAAAAGUAAAUAAAAAUAAAAGCCGCGCUCGACAAGAGAGGAGGCGGGUCGCCGAACACCCGCGUGCGGUGCGCUUGAUGGGACCAAAGAUGGCAACCCGCGCGGUCGGGAGGGGCCGAAUUAAAAGAGGGUAACGACGCCGCCACCUCAAGCGGCCGUCCGGAGAAACGUAAGGACCAAAUAGAGACUGCAUAUCGUUUCGACCCGUUCUGAUUUGCACCUAAAAGCCAGUCUGCACCGUCCGGCCGGCGAGUAGUCGUUCCGUUGUACAUAAUAGCCGGGCAGCCCCAGAGCGCUGUCCCUCGGUUGCUUGAAUUGCGACGUUGUUGGGAGCUCGCGUUUGGGAGGCGAGGGUUUGUUUUAGACAAAGUUUACAAGAAGCGGUGGUUGAAUGCAAGAAAGAAAUAAAACCCACAAAGUCGCCAGCAUGGUCUGGCACACCCGA